AUGUCUGGCAAGAGUGUUCACAAUCAGCGUAUUGAGAGACUGUGGCGUGAUAUGUGGAUGUCAGUGACAAGUACAUACUACGAACUUCUCCAUAGUUUAGAGGAAGAGGGCUCUCUGGAUCCAACCAACAGUCUUCAGCUUUUUUCCGCUCAAUACGUAUUCUUGCCAAGGCUAACAUCAGACCUCCACAGCUUCAUCAAUAGCUGGAACAACCACCCCCUUCGCACUGAACAAAAUCUCACACCAAACCAACUUUGGGAGAUUGGCAAAGCACUGAAUCCAGUCCCGUCUGCACAGCACACACUUUACCAAAACCCUCCAAGUCAAGACGAAGACCUGGAAGCCUCUGGAAUUGUAGUCCCACAAAUUGCAUGUCCCAUGCCACAGCAAAGUCUGGAACUAUUAAGGGCUAGUGCCACGCAAGUGUAA